GAGGAGGGCAGAUUUCCUUGCCUGAAAGGACGAGUGAACCAGGAAGGAAUGGCCUGGCUGGUGAAAGUAGUUUCACUUCGGAAGUUCUUGGUGGUCCUGCCUACCUGUGCCCUCGUCCUGUUCCUAUUGCACUGCCUGUCCAAAAUAGCCGAGACGGAGUGGUCAAAGGAUGAGUCACAGACGGACACUACCUUCAUCCUGCCCAAAGCACCCGGCAGAAGACCAGCCAGUGUCAACCGCCGCUGCCUACCCGGGUACCACUCCAAAGUGGAGCUAGGGCCUGUCGCGACGCGUCACCACGAGGACCCAGGUAUGCCAGGUGCCUGGGGAGGUGCUCUGCUGCUGGAUGGCCUCAGCUUCAAAGAGGCGACCGAGCGGUCCGUCGGUUUCCAGAAGCACGGCUUCAACGCCUUCGCCAGCGACAGGAUCUCGAUGCACCGCGGACUGGGGCCUGACACCAGAGCUCCGGAGUAA